UAAAAUCGUCGCGCCGGGUCAAAGGUCAGCCGCACAAAAUGGCGGCGGCGGUGACCUUCUGCCGUUUGCUGGUUCGGGCCGGCGCGGGGGCGCGGAGCGUGCCCCGGGGCGCCAGGUGUUUCGGGGUGCGGACGUCGCCGAGCGGGGAGAAGAUCACGCACACCGGCCAGGUUUAUGAUGAUAAAGACUACAGGAAAAUUAGGUUUGUAGGUCGUCAGAAAGAGGUGAACGAAAACUUCGCCAUUGAUUUGAUAGCAGAGCAACCCGUGAGCGCGGUGGAGAGCCGGGUGAUAGCGUGUGACGGCGGCGGGGGUGCGCUGGGCCACCCAAAGGUGUACAUCAACCUGGACAAAGAAACAAAGACCGGGACGUGUGGUUACUGUGGACUCCAGUUCCAGCAGCACCAUCACUAGGGCGAGGCCGCCCGUGGCCGGGCGCCAGCGUCUCCGUGUUGGGAGCAACGUACGUGCGGGCGCUGGCUCUGCUGUGGGUGUUCCUGGUGUGGAAUAAAGGGCCUUGCGGUCCGGA